GUGUGUUCUUCACCUUUCAUACCUUUCACUUGGAGAAUGGCCACGACUACCUCCUCAUCACCGAAAACACCAGCUUUGCUCAGCCCCUGAAGCAGCUGACGGGCUCUCGGCUCCCUGCCCCGCUCAGCGCAGGGCUCUUCGGAAACUUCUCGGCUCAAAUUCGCUUCAUCUCUGACUUCUCCAUGUCCUACGAGGGUUUCAACAUCACCUUCUCGGAAUACGAUUUGGAGCCCUGUGACGAGCCGGAGGUCCCAGCCUACAGCAUCCGCAAGGGGCUGCAGUUCGGAGUGGGGGAUGUGCUGACCUUCUCCUGCUUCCCCGGGUACCGGCUGGAGGGCGCGUCCCGCAUCACCUGCCUCGGGGGGAGACGGCGUGUGUGGAGUUCGCCUCUGCCAAGGUGUGUUGCUGAAUGUGGUUCGUCUGUAACUGGAACCCAAGGUGUUCUGCUGUCCCCCAACUACCCAAUAAACUAUAACAACAACCACGAGUGCAUCUACUCCAUCCAGACCCAGCCGGGAAAGGGGAUCCAGCUGAAAGCCAGGACUUUUGAACUGGAGGCAGGAGAUGUCCUCAAGGUCUAUGAUGGCAGCAAUAGCUCUGCUCGGCUGUUGGGCUCCUUCAGCCGCUCGGAAAUGCUCGGCACCAGCGUCAACAGCACUUCCAGCAGCAUGUGGCUCGAGUUCAUCACCAACAGCGAGAACACGAGCAAAGGCUUUGAGCUGCAGUUUUCCAGUUUUGAACUCAUUAAAUGCGAGGACCCCGGCAUCCCACAGUUUGGCUACAAGGUCCACGACGAGGGACACUUUGCUGGCAGCUCGGUGUCCUUCAGCUGUGACCCUGGCUACACCCUGCGCGGGAGCCGGGUGCUGGUCUGCCUGACCGGGGAGCGGAGAGCCUGGGACCAGCCCCUGCCGACCUGUGUAGCUGAGUGUGGGGGCACUAUCCACGGAGAGUCGUCAGGACGGAUCCUGUCUCCCGGCUACCCAACACCCUACGACCACAAUCUGAACUGUGUUUGGACGAUAGAGGCAGAACCUGGUUGCACCAUAGGGCUCCAUUUCAUGGUGUUCCACACCGAGGAGUUCCACGAUGUGCUGAGGAUCUGGGACGGUCCGGUGGAGAACGGCAUCCUCCUCAAAGAGCUGAGCGGCUCCGGCUUACCCGGCGAUGUCCACAGCACGUUCAACUCUGUCAUCCUCCAGUUCAACACCGAUUUCUUCACCAGCAAGCAGGGCUUUGCUGUUCAGUUUUCAGUUUCCACAGCCACUUCCUGCAAUGACCCAGGAGUUCCCCAGAACGGGAGCCGGAGCGGUGACAGCAGAGAGGCAGGUGACUCCAUCAUCUUCCAGUGUAACCCAGGAUACGCGCUGCAAGGGGAGGCCAAAAUCACUUGCGUGCAGAUCGAGAACAGGUUUUUCUGGCAACCAGACCCUCCCUCCUGCACAGCUCCCUGCGGAGGUAUCUUGACGGGACCGGCGGGAGUGAUCCUGUCCCCGCAGUACCCGGAGCCCUACCCGCCGGGGAAGGAGUGCGACUGGCAGCUGACCGUCUCCCCCGAUUAUGUCAUCGCCCUGGUGUUCAACACCUUCAAUCUGGAGCCUGGCUACGAUUUCCUCCACAUCUACGAUGGACCCGAUUCACUCAGCCCCCUGAUCGGAAGCUUUUACGGCUCCCAGCUGCCUGAGAGGAUAGAGAGCAGCAGUAACAGCCUGUUCCUGGCCUUCCGAAGCGAUGCAUCGGUCAGCAACACCGGGUUUGUCAUUGAGUACACAGAAAACCCCCGAGAGUCGUGCUUCGAUCCCGGAUCCAUUAAGAACGGUACCCGAGUGGGCACGGAUCUGAAGCUGGGAUCCACGAUCACCUACUACUGUGACGGGGGUUAUGACAUUGAGGGGGUCUCCACGCUGACCUGCGUCAUGGGAGGGGAUGGGAAACCCACGUGGAACAAACCUCGACCCACCUGUACAGCACCCUGUGGCGGUCAGUACACGGGCUCGGACGGCGUCGUCCUCUCUCCCAACUACCCCCAGAACUACACCAGCGGACAAGUCUGCUUGUACUCCAUCGUUGUGCCCAAGGACUAUGUGGUCUUCGGGCAGUUCGCCUUCUUCCAGACCGCGCUCAACGACAUCAUCGAAGUCCACGAUGGCCCCAACCAGCACUCCCGGCUCCUCAGCUCGCUCUCGGGCUCUCAUACAGGUGAAUCAUUACCGUUGGCUACCACCAACCAGAUUCUCAUCAAAUUUAGUUCCAAGGGUCAAUCUACAGCCAAAGGUUUUCAUUUUGUCUACCAAGCGGUUCCUCGGACCAGUGCCACCCAGUGCAGCUCGGUCCCGGAGCCCCGCUACGGGCGGCGGCUGGGCAGCGACUUUGCGGUGGGGGCCGUGGUGCGGUUCGAGUGCAGCGCCGGGUACGCGCUGCAGGGCUCGCGCACCAUCGAGUGCCUCACCAUGCCCGGGGCGCUGGCACAGUGGAAUGUUUCGGUGCCCACCUGCGUGGUGCCGUGUGGUGGGAACCUGACUGAACGCAAAGGAACCAUCCUGUCCCCCGGCUUCCCGGAGCCGUACCUGAACAGCCUCAACUGCGUCUGGAAGAUAACGGUCCCCGAAGGAGCCGGGAUCCAGAUCCAGGUGAUCAGUUUUGUUACUGAGCAGAACUGGGAUUCCCUGGAAGUGUUUGAUGGAGGAGAUAACACAGCCACCAUGCUGGGCAGUUUCUCGGGAACGACAGUGCCUGCGCUGCUGAACAGCACUUCAAACCAGCUCUAUCUGCAUUUCUAUUCGGAUAUCAGCGUCUCUGCCGCCGGCUUUCACCUGGAAUACAAAACCGUCGGUCUGUCCAGCUGCCCGGAGCCCCCCAUUCCUGGGAACGGUCUGAAGAUCGGCGAGCGCUACUUAGUGAACGACGUCGUCUCCUUCCAGUGUGAACCGGGCUACGCGCUUCAGGGCCACUCUCACAUUUCCUGCAUGCCAGGCACUGUCCGCCGCUGGAAUUACCCACCUCCGCUUUGCAUCGCCCAGUGUGGAGGAACGGCGGAAGAGAUGGAAGGUGUGCUCCUGAGCCCAGGGUUCCCAGGAAACUAUCCGAGCAACCUGGACUGCACGUGGAGGAUACUGCUGCCGGUGGGGUUUGGGGCUCACAUCCAGUUCCUGAACUUCUCCACGGAGCCGAACCACGACUUUGUCGAAAUCCGCAACGGGCCGUACGACACCAGUAACUUCAGCGGCACCGACAUCCCCGGCUCCCUCCUGUCGACAUCUCACGAAACCACGGUGUACUUCCACAGCGACCACUCCCAGAACAAGCCGGGCUUCAAGCUGGAAUACCAAGCCUACGAGCUGCAGGAGUGCCCCGACCCUGAACCUUUUGCUAACGGUGUUGUCAGAGGAGCCGGUUACAACGUUGGCCAGUCCAUCUCCUUUGAGUGCCUGCCUGGCUACCAGCUGAUCGGCCACCCCGUCCUGACCUGCCAGCACGGCACCAACAGGAACUGGGACCACCCGCUGCCCAGGUGUGAAGUGCCUUGUGGGGGGAACAUCACCGUCCAGAACGGUACCGUUUACUCUCCUGGCUUCCCCAACCAGUACCCCAACUCCCAGGACUGCACUUGGCUUCUCACGGUGCCGGUGGGAUAUGGAAUCCAUCUCAACUUCACUCUGCUACAGACGGAGCCCUACAACGACUUCAUCACUGUCUGGGAUGGUCCGCAGCAAACAGCCCCGCAGCUGGGUGUGUUCACUGGCAACUCUGCUAAGAAAUCAGCCCAGAGCUCUUCCAAUCAGGUCCUGAUGAAAUUCCACAGUGAUGCAGCCAACGGAGGGAUUUUUGCCGUUUAUUUCUACGCCUACCAGCUCUUCAGAUGCCAGCCCCCGACCAUCGUUCCCAAUGCGGAGAUCAUCACCGAGAACGAAGAAUUUCACAUCGGUGACAUAGUGCGGUACAGGUGCCUUCCCGGCUUCACCCUGAUUGGAAACGAAAUCCUCACCUGCAAACUCAGCACCCAUCUCCAGUUUGAAGGACCUCCCCCCACGUGUGAAGUGCACUGCCCGAUGAACGAGGUGAUGACGGACUCCACCGGUGUCAUCCUCAGCCAGAGCUUCGUGGGAAGUUACCCCCACUUCCAGACCUGCUCGUGGGUGGUGAAGGUGGAGCCUGGCUACAACAUCUCCCUCACCAUCGAGUACUUCCUCAGCGAGAAGCAGUACGAUGAGUUUGAGAUCUUUGACGGUCCCUCUGGCCAGAGUCCCCUGCUCCUGUCGCUGAGCGGGAACUACUCUGCCCCGCUGACCGUCACCAGCAGCGGGAACAAGGUCUACCUCCGCUGGUCCUCUGAUCAUGCCUACAGCAGAAAAGGCUUCAAAAUCCGCUACUCCGCUCCUUACUGCAGCCUCCCGCAGCCGCCAGCCCACGGGCUGAUUCUCAGCCAGACCGGGCUGACCCCCGGCAGCACCGUCCGCUUUGGCUGCGACACCGGCUACCGCCCGGGCGGGCACAGCACCACCACCUGCGCCCAGCACCCCCAGGGCUACUUCCACUGGAACGAGGCGAUCCCGCUGUGCCAAGCUCUCUCCUGUGGAGUUCCCAGAGCCCCAAAUAACGGUGUCGUCUUUGGCAAGGAGUACACGGUGGGAACGAAAGCCGUGUACCAUUGCAACCAGGGCUUCGAGCUGCAGCCCGGGCAGGAGCCCAGCGCGGAGUGCCUGCGGGCAGGGCAGUGGAGCAACGGCAACCAGCCCCCGCAGUGCGUGGCCGUCACCUGUCCCGAUAUCAACAGCAUCGCGGUCGAGCACGGUCGCUGGCGGCUGACCUACGAGAUCCAGUACCACUACAACGCCCAGCUCAUGCUCAUCUGCGACCCCGGCUACUACUACACGGGCCAGCGGGUCAUCAGGUGCCAAGCCAACGGCAAGUGGAGCAUCGGCGAACCCAUGCCCACCUGUAAAAUUAUCUCCUGCGGAGACCUGCCAACCCCCCCGAACGGGAACAAGAUCGGCACGCUGACCAGCUACGGGGCCACGGCCAUCUUCUCCUGCAACACCGGCUACACGCUGGUGGGCUCCCGCGUGCGGGAGUGCAUGGCCAACGGGCUCUGGAGCGGAGCAGAAGUCAGAUGUCUGGCGGGGCACUGCGGCGUGCCCAGCCCCAUCGUCAACGGGCAGAUCAACGGCGAGAAUUACAACUACCGCGGCAGCGUGGUGUAUCAGUGCAACCCCGGCUUCCGCCUCAUCGGGAUGUCGGUGCGGAUCUGCCAACAGGAUCACCGCUGGUCCGGGAAGACGCCUGUCUGUGUGCCCAUCACUUGCGGCCACCCCGGCAAUCCUGCCAACGGCUUGACCCAGGGGACUCAGUUCAAUCUGAACGAUGUGGCCAAGUUUGUGUGUAACACCGGGUACCGCCUGGAAGGAGCAUCGCAGUCCCAGUGCCUGGCCAACGGCCAGUGGAGCAGCACCCUGCCCGCCUGCCGCGUUGUAAACUGUACUGACCCCGGGCACCUGGAAAACAGCAUCCGUCAAGUGCAGCCGAGUGGUCCUCACAGAUUCAGCUUUGGAACAACUGUCUCAUAUCAGUGCAGCCAUGGAUAUUACUUAUUGGGUACACAUGUCCUUACCUGUCAGGGGGAUGGCACUUGGGACCGUGCCCUCCCACAGUGCCUUUUGGUCUCCUGCGGCCACCCCGGCUCCCCGCCCCACGCUCAGAUCUCGGGGGACAAGUACACCGUGGGCUCCGUGGUCCGGUACAGCUGCCUGGGCAAGCGGACGCUGGUCGGCAACUCCACUCGCAUGUGCCAGCUGGACGGGCGCUGGAGCGGGUCCCUGCCGCACUGCUCAGGAGGCAGCCAGGGCUUGUGUGGUGACCCAGGGAUCCCCUCGCAUGGCAUCGGGCUGGGCGAUGACUUUGACGUGGGCAGCGUGGUGCGGCUCAGUUACACGCUGCGGGGCUCCUCCGAGAGGACCUGCCAAGCCAACAGCUCCUGGAGCGGCACGCAGCCGGAGUGCGAAGUUAUAUCCUGCGGAAACCCAGGAACCCCCAGCAACGCGAGGGUUAUAUUUAACGAUGGCUUGGUCUUCUCCAGUUCCAUCAUCUACCAGUGCCGGGAAGGCUAUUACUCCACAGGGGUGCUGAGCAGGCACUGCACCGUGAACGGGACGUGGACUGGGACCAGUCCGGAGUGUACAGUGAUCAACUGCGGCGACCCCGGCAUGCCCGCCAACGGCGUCAGGCUGGGCAGCGAUUUCACCUUCAACAGCACGGUGGUGUUCCAGUGCACGCCCGGGUACAUGAUGGAGUCGGACAGGGCGUCGUCUCUGACCUGCACAAAAGACCGAACCUGGAAUGGCACCAAACCUGCCUGCAAGGCUAUCAUCUGUAAAUCCCCCCAAGCCAUCCCCAACGGGAAAGUCGUGGGCUCAGACUUCAGCUGGGGCUCCAGCGUGAGCUACGCCUGCCUGGAGGGGUACCAGCUCUCGCUGCCCGCCGUGCUGACCUGCGAGGGGAACGGCACCUGGAGCGGAGAGAUCCCCCAGUGCUUCCCCGUGUUCUGCGGAGAUCCCGGGAUUCCCGCGCAAGGCAGGAGGGAGGACAGAGGCUUCACGUACCGCUUCUCCUGCUUGGCCCCGCUCGUGCUGGUGGGGUCAGCCCGGAGGUUCUGCCAGUCCGACGGGACGUGGAGCGGGACCCAGCCCAGCUGCAUAGACCCCAGCCUCACGACAUGCGCCGACCCCGGCGUGCCGCUCUUUGGGAUGCAGAACAACUCCCAGGGCUACCAGGUGGGAAGCAUCAUCUUCUUCAAGUGCCAGAAGGGAUACCUGCUGCAGGGCUCCACCACCAGGACCUGCCUCCCCAACCUGACCUGGAGCGGCGUGCAGCCCGACUGCGUCCCUCACCACUGCAAGCAGCCAGAGACCCCCUCGCACGCCAACGUCGGUGCUCUGGAUUUGCCAUCCCUGGGCUACACCCUGAUCUAUUCCUGUCAGAGCGGCUACUACCUCACCGGAGGAUCCGAGCAUCGGACCUGCAAAGCGGACGGCAGCUGGACGGGAAAACCGCCCAUUUGCCUCGCUGAUGUCCGCCCCAGCGGGAGGCCGGUUGGCACCGCGCGGGACCCACCACUCGCCAAGGUGUCAGUGCCUGCCGAUGUGUUUGCAAGGAAUUCCCUUUGGAAAGGCUCCUAUGAGUACAUGGGGAAGAAGCAGCCUGCGAUGCUGUCUGUCACGAGCUUCGACCCCGUCACCAGUAAAGUCAACGCCACUCUGAUAGACCACAGCGGCGUGGAGCUCCAGGUGUCCGGCAUUUACAAGAAAGAUGAUGUGCACCUGCUGCUCCAGGUUUACCAGAUAACAGGGCCAGUGGAGGUCUUUGUCAACAAGUUUAAAAAUGACAAAUGGGCUCUAGAUGGACAUGUCUCAUCGGAGUCGUCAAGCGGCACGUUUGUGUACCAGGGCUUCGUGCGUGGCAAAGGCUUCGGGCAGUUUGGCCUUCAGAGGCUCGACAUCAGCAUGAUGGAAAAUGAUCCAGAAUCAAUAGGCCACCAUUUUGCAUCCAAUUCUGUGGCAGCUGCCAUUCUUGUGCCUUUCAUCGCCCUGAUUAUUGCAGGGUUUGUGCUUUAUCUCUACAAACACAGGAGAAGACCAAAGGUCCCGUUCAACGGCUACGCGGGCCACGAAAACACCAACGUCCGAGCAACGUUUGAAAAUCCGAUGUACGACCGAAACCUGCAGCCCACAGACAUCAUGGCCAACGAGACGGAGUUCACAGUCAGCACUGUGUGCACGGCUGUAUAG